UGCAGUGGUACUACCCUGCUCUGCUGGGGGCCUGGAUUUAUUUCUGUCUGUAAAGCAUUUGGAGACCAUCAGGUACCAGACAUGGGCAGAGUGAAAACCAUGACAUGACUAUUAUUGACCGACUGCAGUGAAAGAGAAGAGUAAAGCACCGGGACCUAUCAAAGGUCUUAGCCGUAGCUGUCUGUUCGCUGCAUUCUGGAAUCUAUCGUUGGAGCCUUGUCUUUCUAGAAGAUGUUUUCUCAGACAGCUGUGUCACGAUCGGGGCUAUCUGGUGACCCAGGAUGAAUUGGAUCAGACCUUAGAAGAGUUUAAAGCCCAAUUUGGCGAUAAGCCCAGUGAAGGGAGACCACGGCGGACUGACCUUACAGUGCUGGUGGCCCAUAAUGACGAUCCCACAGAUCAGAUGUUUGUCUUCUUCCCUGAGGAGCCCAAGGUUGGGAUAAAGACAAUCAAGAUGUACUGCCAGAGAAUGCAGGAAGAGAACAUCACCAGGGCUCUGAUUGUGGUGCAGCAGGGCAUGACUCCCUCAGCAAAGCAGUCGUUGGUGGACAUGGCUCCCAAAUACAUCCUGGAACAAUUCCUGCAGCAGGAGCUGCUGAUCAACAUCACAGAGCAUGAGUUGGUUCCAGAGCACGUGGUCAUGACAAAGGAAGAAGUAACUGAAUUACUGGCCAGAUAUAAACUGAGAGAGAACCAGCUCCCCAGGAUACAGGCUGGAGAUCCCGUGGCCAGGUACUUCGGAAUAAAGCGAGGGCAGGUGGUCAAGAUCAUAAGACCGAGUGAGACUGCCGGGCGCUACAUCACCUACCGACUGGUUCAGUAAUCUUUGCUGUACAUCAGGUAUGGAAGAGGAAUCCUGUGUUAUCUGACCUACGCCCUGGUGGCUCUCUGGGUUGUCUGUCAUCUUAAAUCCAGAUCCUUGAAUGUGAUUUCAAGUCCUAGCUCUUCCUUUGCGCUCGCUUACCCCCCUCUCACUCCCUGGAGGCCUCCUGCCUGGACUGAAGCUCAAUUCCAUGAGCUAUUUAAUUUAAUUUUGAACGGAAUUUUAUUUUAAUAAAGGUUUGUGCUACA